CUUGUCCCGGCACGUCAAGGGAAAGAGGGCGGGAGGCAGGUAGGGGGCGCGGUUAAAAGCCGCCGGCGAAGCAACAGGGAAGAACUUUUUGACGCUCUCAGGGGGAGAGAAAGAAACCGCGAGCUGCUGCUGCCACCGCCGCCGUUGUCGUCGUUGCCGUUGCCGCCUGGCCCCAGUGUGAACGAGACGCGGACGGCCAUCGUCCACCGAAGCCCGUCGCCGACGAAGCCCGCUUUUCCCGCCCUUUUCCAGCCCAUGGUGCGCUCGGCGGGGCGCUCAGGGGCUUUGAUUUCCCUCAGACGCUGACAGGUCCAAAGACUCAAACGAUAACAUGGACUGGGGAACACUGCAGGGCAUUUUAGGAGGUGUAAACCAACAUUCUACCAGUAUUGGAAAGAUUUGGUUGACUGUCCUGUUCAUCUUCCGUAUUAUGAUCCUUGUUGUUGCAGCAGAGGAAGUCUGGGGUGAUGAACAAGAUGACUUUGUGUGCAAUACGCUGCAACCAGGAUGCAAAAACGUCUGCUAUGAUCAUUUUUUCCCCAUUUCCCACAUCAGACUCUGGGCCCUGCAGCUCAUCUUUGUCUCCACCCCUGCACUCUUGGUGGCAAUGCAUGUCGCAUACAGGCGGCACGAAAGGAAAAAGAAGUUUCGAAAGGGAGAUAAAAGCUGUGAAUAUAAGGACAUAGAAGAAAUAAAGAAACAGAAAUUUCACAUCGAAGGUCCCUUGUGGUGGACAUACACUGCCAGCAUCUUGUUCAGGCUGAUUUUUGAAGCUUCUUUCAUGUAUGUGUUUUACUAUAUGUAUCAGGGAUAUCACAUGCCUCGGCUACUGAAAUGCAGCGCCUGGCCGUGUCCCAAUGUAGUGGACUGCUUUGUUUCUCGCCCCACUGAAAAGACCGUCUUUACCAUUUUCAUGAUUUCAGUGUCCGGCAUUUGCAUUCUGCUGAAUGUGGCCGAGCUCUCCUAUUUGCUGCUGAAGGUUUGUGUCAAAAGGUCCAGAAGACCAGGGAAACCAAAAAAUCACACUAACCAUGAGAACAAAGAAGAAAGCAAACAAAACGAAAUGAAUGAGCUUAUAUCUGACAGCUGCCAGAACACAGUAACAGGAUUUCCAAGCAGCUAAGAUGGCCACAAGCCUAACAUGCGAUUCAUACAAAAUAAAUGAAUAGCCACAUUCAUAGUUGCCUGUGAAAUUGGUUAGAUUUAACUAAGCAAUAAAUUAAGUGGGAAAACAUGAGUAUUACAACAAGUUGGAAUUAGGCACGUGGUGUCAUGUUUUUUUAAAAGGUCAAUAUGAACAUAGGAAUGUAAAGAGUAUUGGAAAUUAAAGAGAUUACAUCUUAUUAUGCAUAUCUGUACCAAGUCAGCUUUGAUUUCAUUAGAAAGUAAUACUUGUUAGUAACUUCUUGCUGAGACUCAUCCUAAAGCCAAAGGGAAAGAAAAAGCUGCCUUCCAGACUAGAUACUAUUAGUAUUAUUACUAUUAGUAUUAUGAGACACUUUACUACUGUGGUAGCAGUUUUAAUUGUGAGCUUGCAUCUAAAUUAAAGUAUUUUUAUAUGGUCUGAUA